GCAAAUCUCAUUCAGUCUAUUUGGCAUCACAAAGUUGGCUUAGUAAAGUGUAGUGCAAAAACAAUUUUAUUCGCGUUUGUUGUGCAUACGAUGCGAUCAGAAUUAUGUAAAUAAUAAGUGUUUUCUAAAGAUUUAUUGCAUAUAAAACAGUGGAGUUUUCUAAUUAUAACAAUGUGGAUUGGUAGUUUAUUGUUGGUUAUAAGUGCUUUGUGCAGUGUUCAAGGGUACAACUUUUUGGCCAUAUUCCCACAUCCCGGUUCUAGCCAUUUUAAAGUUUUUGCUGCCUUAUUCGAAGAACUAAUUAAAAAAGGCCACAAUGUAACAUUGGUUGCUUCGCUUCCAUAUAAAAAUACCAACAGGAAUAUAACGGUCGUGGAUUUAAGUAAUGACUUGAACUUUAACGAGUUUAUGAUUCUAGGAAAUCCUGAUGUCGAUACGAGAAUGUCAAGAUAUUUUGAAUUUAUACUCGUCUUUUUCAUGGCAGACAUUACCUGUAGAGGAAUAAGUUCAAACGCUUUCCAGUCUUUGCUAAAAACCACUGAAAAGUUUGAUGCAAUAUUGCUGGAAGACUUUAAUACUGACUGCUAUAUGCGUGCUGCUUCUAAAUUUAAAGUACCGAUCAUUGCAAUGAGUUCAUCGGGAAUUUUACCAUGGUCAUGGUCUCGGUAUGGUAGUCCUAUCAAUCCGUCCAUAUCACCAAACAUUAUGCUGCCACUUACAGACAAAAUGACAUUUUUGGAAAGAGUCGAAAAUACUAUAGUUACAGUAGUAGAUAAUCUGAUUUUUAAGUAUCAUAGACGCGAAAAAGAUAGACAAGUAGUGAAAAGAAAUUUAAGUGACGUGUCAGAAGAUUUGGAAAACUACGACAGUUAUGUGAGUCUUAUGUUAGCUAAUGUUCAUUAUACCUUGACAUCGCCCAGACAAUUGGCUCCGAAUGUAAUUGAAGUUGGUGGUUUACACAUCAAAAAUCCAAAACCAUUGCCUAUGGAUUUAAAGAAAUGGAUUGAAGACUCACCCGAAGGAGUAAUAUACUUUUGUAUGGGUUCCAUGACCAAAGGCCACACUUUUCCCAAAAGACAGCGAGAAGCGUUUUUACAAGCAUUCGAUUUGUUGCCAUACAGAGUCUUGUGGAAAUAUGAGAAUGAGUCAAUGGAAGGGAAAUCUGAUAAAAUUUUGUUGCGGAAAUGGUUGCCUCAGUUAGAUGUCUUAUGUCAUCCCAAUGUCAAACUCUUUAUAUCCCAUGGUGGAAUGCUGGGUACUAUGGAGGCUGUUUACUGUGGGGUACCAAUUUUAGUUAUGCCGCAGUUUGGUGACCAAUUUAGCAAUGCUGUGGCCUUAGAAGCUAAUGGAGGUGGAAUUAUGCUUAGAACUAGUGAUGUAACAGAAGAAAGUGCAUACAGGUCUAUUCGUCAGGCUAUCAAAAUGAAAGACCAAGCAAUUGCGUUAUCUGAACGGUUCAAAGACCGCCCGCUGCCCCCAUUGGACACUGCUGUGUAUUGGACAGAGUACGUUGUGAAACAUAAAGGAGCACCUUUCAUGAAGACUGCUGCUGCGGAUAUGCCUUUCUAUCAAUAUUAUUUACUAGAUGUUCUUGGGUUUAUUUUUGUAAUUUUAGGGCUAAUUAUAUAUUUGACAGUUUAUAUGACGAGAUUGAUAUUAAGAAUGAUACUGAGGGUUUCAAGUAAAAAGGUAAAAACGCAGUAAAUGUAUAAAGACUGAAUAAGGUUGUAAGGUUAUUAAAAUAAAAAUUAAAAAUA